CCUUCUAGGGUGUGAUUCAAGAACUUUGUAAAGUGCGCAUCAUUGAAAUGCCAUGACGAGCGGGCCGGGGGACGCUGUGGUGGAGGACCAGGAAGAGCCACCUGCACCCGCUGAAGGGACCCUGGCGCAUCAGAUCCUCUACGGGAGCGCCACCGAUGUGAAGUUGAGAGCACAGGAGUGGGCGAGCCUGUGCAGCCGGGAUUUGGCACAAGCGCUCCUGGUGGUCUUGGACUUGACCCUGGCGCUGUCGGGUCUGCCGGGCGCCGUGACGCCCGAGGACCUCGAGGCGGAGCCUGCUUUGUUGGUGAUCCGCUUGCCGGACUGGGUGAGGAGCCAACAUUUGGAUCCGACGAUUUAUCCCAUCUGUCCUAGUCCUCAUAGUUCUGCACAGAGCCGGAAGUCCAUCUCCAACCUGGAGAACUUCCUGCGUCAUGGAAUUAGCGAGCAGAAUGGUGCUGCCUUGCUGGAUAGUCAUUUGGUAACCUCGCUGAGCCGCUGGUUGCUGGUGCUCCACGCCGCGGCCAUUCGCUCGGUGCGCCACGUGAGCACCAUCGCAGCGCUCUCGGUGGCGGAGGCCUUGGGACAUCAAUACCAUGCGCUGAGCCGUUCCCAUGAGACCUUGUCCCGACAGCUGCAGACGGUCACGGGGAAUGUCACUGCGCGCCAGGAAGCGCAGCUGAAACGCGAUGUGGGUGCAUGCUUCAGCCACGCGCGAGAGAUGAGCCGAGCACGGAAUCAGCUGCUUGAGACCAUCGUGCCCUUGCGGAGCCGUGACAUCAGUGAGGUGAUCCGCGUCUACACGCUGAGUCAGGUGGACCGUCUGAUGAAGGUGGAUCCGGAGAUGUAUUUGCAGAACAAGUGGACCGCCCGCGUCUUCUUGAUGGUCCAUGACCCCCAUGUAGAAGUUAGGCUCAAGGCUCUGAGCGUGAUCAUGCAGUGGUUUCUGCCCGACAAGAAGAAGUCCGCCGCUGUCCGGGAGCACCUGGGGCAAUUUGCCAAGAACUGCUUGCCACACUUGGUGGAGCGAGUGGGUGAUGUGGAGCCCCGGGUGGCGCAGAUGGCGCUGCGAUGCUUGCGGCAGAAGGAUUUGGCGGAGAACUUGAAGUCGGAAGAGUUCGAGUUGGUGGUGAAUCUGGUGAUUGGAAGCCGGGACAUGGCUGUGAGAGAAGAGGCUGCGCUCUUCGUCAACACACAUGUCUUCCAGGAUCCAGGUAUUUGUUCCAAAGAAAGGUCCAAGAAGCGUGGCCGUGAUGGCGGCGGUGGUGGAGAUCAAAGAGACAAGGACCAUGGUCGCGAUGAGGAGGACGACUGGCAGGCUGACCCCCAGCAAGAGCUGUACAACUCCGAGGUGGCCAUUUCAAUGCUCAUUGAGUACAUUGACGAGUACAUGAAAGACCGGCUGCGCAUUUGCGAGCGCUUGGUUGGAGCCUUUUGGCCACGAUCGCCUGCCCUGUCUCACUGGAGCACCAUGGUGAAUCUCUGCAUGGUGGGAGAGGGAGCGCAACGAGUAGGCCAGACUCCCAUCACCUCACGGCAACGGCUGUGCUUGUUGUACGUCAUGGAGGCCGCCGUCAGGCGUGCCGACGACGAGGUGCGCACGGCACGGCCCAGCGAGAAGGAUAAUGCUGCGACCCGGAUGAACGAGGCGUGCAUGCACAUCAUCCCGGAGAUUCCAAGACUCAUGGACCUUUGCAGACCCGAGGAAGAGCAGUUCCUUUUGCUGACACAUGUUUGCAAGAUGCUGGUCGAGUAUGCCGUUCAAAGUGCCCAAAGCCAGGUGCUGGUGAACUCGAAGGUGCUUUGCCAAGGCUUGCGGAAGGCCAUCGAAGACUUGUCGCCCAUGGAGACCAUGAAGAAUAGUGCUGACAGCUUGUUGGCCCUCGCUCGGUGCUUCGAGGAAGCAAAGAACACCUUCCUCGACCUCUCGAAGGAGGUUCACCGCGCCUGCAGCAAUAUCCUGGAAGAUGAGAAAGUGAAAGAUCGAUUUCAGGAGCUCCGGCCGGUGAUGAGCCGCUUCCUAGUGCUCGCGAACCGCGGCAUUGAUACGUCUUUUGGCUCCAUGCCGAUGGUCCGACGGAUGCUGAAGCUCCUGCACGAGCGAGUGGAACUCAUGAAGGAGAAGAGAAAGCAGGGAGAGGACAUCAAGGAUGAACCGCCCAGUACACCACGCAGAGAAGAAGCUGGGCCUGCACGGAAACGCCGCAGGCAACAGGCGUUGCCAGCACCGGCUCCACAAGCUCCGGAUGUGAGACUCACUUUGCAGUUGUUGGAAGCGGUGAUCCUCUCUGUGAUGUGGCAUGUUCGAACCACCUAUUGGGUGCAGUCCCAAGGCAACUCGGAAGAGGGCCGUCGAAAUGCCGAGAACCAGGUCUCUGAAAUGUUGCAAGGUUUCAGUGAACUGGCGGCACUCCGAGCAGAGCUGCCGCGAAUGAUGUCAGAGGUGCGCCAUUGUUGCGCAGAGUUGGUCGAGAGCGACCUGAGCCCUUAUGUUCAGUUCCAUGCCUACUCCGCGUACAUGACCUUGAUCCAACUCUGCGUGGGGGUCAGCGAGACCUUAAGUUUGGAAGUGGACGAGAAAGGGCGACCAGUGCGGGCUGGUUGGGGCCGCACCUAUGAGGUGACGAUCCCAAAGGCUCACCUUGAGGCUCUUUACAAGUAUCUGAACCAUCUCUACAUCCGAGUGACAGAGGCAGACAUCACAGAAGGCGUCAGCUUCAACGCUGAAGGCCAUCGGAUUUUGCCCUACAGCAUCUAUCCAGCACCUUCACAGAACAUCAUGACCUCGGUGCGGUACUUGACGCUGCGGACGAUGCAGACGCCCGGCACGGACCCAGAGGUCUCCGGGCUGGUGCUGCGGCCGGAGCCCGCCGACGAGCUCCUCUUCGCGGUCUUGGCCUCCCGAUGCAUUCUUGAGAGCGAGCUACAGGACGUUUACACUGGUCCCCUGGGCCUGCUUCUGUUGACUCAGUGUGAGAAGGCAAGGCCCAAGCCGCUCAGGGAGGUGGCUAUGGGACUCCUACGACGUCUUCGUGAACACUCCAAGAUGUCAGAGGACUAUGGUGAGCAUUUCUAUGCCAUGCAGCAAGAGGCCAUCGAGGGGCUCUUCAGGUGCUCGGGGCACGAAGCAGCCUUGUCGCUGUCCUUGAGCUUUACGAAGCUUUGGGGCUUCAAAGCCAGCGAAUGGCUGGAGCGGCCGCUCUAUGUUGUGCUAAGAGAAGCCAUCUUGAGCUGCGUGACCCCUGACCGUUCGCGCUUGGAGCUGCUGGAUGCCUAUGUGCCGUGGAUCAAGUCCGGCUUCGUCAAGGACAUUCGGUGCAAAGAGAUUGCAGAGGAACUCGUCCGUCAACUCAAGGCCGUUGGCGGAGAUGAAAACAUGCCUCCAGUGGAAAGGAUGCUCAGGAAGCUGCAGCAUUUGCAAGUUUGAGGCCCCGAGAGGUCUGCCGACCACGCAUUGUGAGACAAUGCCAAGCGAUGUGAACUGCACACAGGGGUUGUGACUUGCUCGGGCGAAUCACCAUCGACACCCUGUGCGGGGUUGGUAGCUCACUGGGGAGAGUGGCAAGAAA